AUAGCGGCUGAGCAAAAGGAUAAUGCAUGUGCUAUAAUCCUAAAGGUACGGUCUCCAAUCUGAGAAUAAAAAUAUAUUGGAAAUCGAGAAAUUUCACCAACAAGAUCUCUACUGAACAACUUUAUAAUUACUCUGCAUGUGUAGAUAAGUAAGGUCACGUCUUAACUCUUCAUUAAUUGCAUUCUUUCAAUUCCAACCAGUCAAUAUACUUAGCAUUGUACGUUAGCUAGCUUGCGGCUGGGUGUUUUUGCAAGACUCUUGAGAUUCUUGAAAGUUAAAAAUGGGCGAUGAGAUUGAUGAGUAUGCAAAGCUUGUCAGAAGAAUGAACUCUCCCAAGGUUUUGAUUGAUAAUGAUAGUUGUGCGCACGCCACAAUAAUACAGGUGGAUACUGUCAACAGCCAUGGUACUCUACUUGCUGUUGUUCAAGCUCUCACGGACCUGAAUCUUGUGAUAACAAAGGCAUACAUAUCUUCUGAUGGAGUGUGGUUCAUGGAGGUGUUUUACGUCACUGACAGUGAUGGAAACAAGGUGAAAGAUGAAGGCAUUCUCAAUUACAUACAGAAGGCUCUUGAAACAGAUACAUAUGUGGUUAAUUCAAUAAAAAACUCUAUUAACAUGCUGCCUUCUAAAGAGCAUACUUUGAUUGAACUAUCGGGAACCGAUAGGCCGGGUUUACUGUCAGAAGUAUCUGCAGUAUUGAUGGAUCUCGGUUGCAAUGUAGUAGAUGCUGAGAUAUGGACACACAAUGCUAGAGCAGCAGCUGUAAUGCACAUCACAGAACAGUCAACUGGGUCUGCUGUCGAAGAGCAAAAUCGGCUUUCUUUAAUCGAGCAAUUACUUUCUAAUGUCUUAAAAGGCAAUGGCAAUGGAAAUUUUAGAAGACCAAGAAUAUGCAUUUCUGCCCCUGAGGAAAAAAUACACACAGGAAGAAGAUUGCACCAAAUGAUGUUUGCUGAUAGAGACUUUGAAAGGCUUGAGAGCGAAACGAAGAAUAGAGUAGAACCUUAUGUUAUUGUUUCUGAUUGUGCUGAUAGAGAUUACACAGUCGUUAUUGUAAGGUGUAGAGACCGGCCAAAGUUAUUGUUCGAUGCCGUUUUCGCUCUGACAGAUAUGCAGUAUGCAGUUUUCCAUGGAACUGUCAUAACUGCUGGAAAAGAAGCUUAUCAGGAAUUCUAUAUUAGGCAUAUUGAUGGACUCCCUGUCAGUUCGGAAGCUGAGCGACAGCGAGUCGCAGAGUGUCUUGAGGCAGCCAUCGAGAGACGAGCAUCAGAGGGACUAGAACUGGAGCUAUACACAGAUGACCGAGUUGGACUCCUUUCUGAUAUUACAAGGGUACUUCGCGAAAACGGAUUGAAUAUCACAAGAGCGGAAGUUACAACGAAUCAAGGAAAAGCGAAAAAUAGUUUCUUUGUCACAGAUGUUUCAGGGAGCUCUGUAGACUCCAAAACUGUCAAUUUUAUUCAGCAACAAGUAGGACAGAAUGUAUUACAUGUGAGAAAACUGAAUGUAACAAUAUUUCCAGAGAAGGCACCUAGAACUAGAAGUUUCCUAUUUGGGAGCUUCUUCAAAGGUCGAAGUUUCCAAAAUUUUGGACUCGUUAAAUCCUACUCAUGAUAGUUUCCUACUUUAGCAUCAUUUAAAUCAACAGACUAGGCUGCAGAUUAUUUCAAUUUUCUACCUUCACUUGGCUUGAUAUAACUUGAAUUUGGAAUUGUACAGAUUAAAGAAGUGCUGAGAUUGUACAAAGUUCUUUUUAUCUUUUAAGAGAAAUGAAAACUGAUCUUUUACUA